AUGGCCAAUCCUGAGCGUCUUCUCUUUCGAGUCUACGGAAUGGUGCAGACCCUUGGCAGGCCAGGCGUUGAUGGCGCGCUCGGGUGCUGUGCUGCCACAAUCGGGAACAACCUUGAAGAAGGCGAAUACGAGGCCGUCGAACUGACAAUAGGCGAACGUCCGACAUAUGACCGCGCCGAGAUCAUUGCCGUCUCAAUUGCGCUCCAAUGGGCACUCAGAAUUAUCGGUGAGGCAGAUACACCGCGCGGGGCAAAGAAACGAGACGACAACGACGUCAAUAAGAAGCGAGACUUCGAAAUCACCAUCUACACGGAUUCGCGGUACGCCAUCAUGGCCAUGAACUACUGGAUGCCACAUUGGAUGAAGGAUGGAAAGUUUGUCCCGCGCAACAGCAACCACACACCAGUCCGCAACAAGGACCUCUUCCAAGAUAUUGCCGACAUUCGCGAUGAGAUACUCAAGCUGGCCAACGUCACGUUCAUGUACGAGCAGGUCCCAAGAGCGGAGGUGCAGAAGGCUUACGAGAUCUGCUAUGGGAACUUGGAUGAACAAAUGAAGGACCAGGAGCUUGGCAAACCUCGGGUUUACUCGGGAGCAGACACCUCUCUGAUUGACGGAGACUCAGGCAUGAAUAGAUCAUAA